UGAUCAUUUGUAACGAAUGCUAUACUUCAUUGAAAAAUCAUUUGAUUGCAAAUUAUUCGGACUUUCACAUCCCAUUAAGAAAAUGGGAACAAAAAAGCAAAAAAGAAAGAACUCUAAAAAAGCGGUGGCGCGCCCUCCAAUGCCACCAAAAAGUUCCACCAACAAGGAAAUCAAGAAGAAACCGAUUGGGAAUCGAAAGAAUUCCGAAAGCUGCAAUUUGGUGCGUGAUAAUAUUCGCAUUUCCGUGAAGGUGAACUGCUCUGAGGUGUUUCGCAGCUACAAUAACUUGAUGUGGAGCAUUCGCGAGCACCAUUCCAAGGUGGUCGUCGUCACUUGCACGACACCCAAGCAGAAGCAAGCUGAGAUUUAUCAGUACGCCGAGCGAGCCAAAAUACCAGUCAUUAAGUACCCUCGCCCCUAUAUUGAGUGCUCGAAUGCGUGCGGCAAAGUGUUCCGCCUGCCCAUCGUGGCCCUGACCACGCCCCAGGAUGCCAACAACAUCCGCAGGCUGGGCAAUAAGCUGACGUCUGGCAUCGCUCUGUUCCUAGAUGGCCGAGACUUGAAAAUAUAA